AUGUCUACAACUACUACUACUACUACUACUACAUCAUCCAAUAUAACAAUGGAUAAUACUAUUGCUGUUGAGAGAAACUUAUCAUCUCCAGCAUAUUAUAAUUAUUUAAUGAUACAAUUGAAGAGAAGGUCUGACAACUUGACAGACAUGAGGAAGAAGAACCGUCGUACUUCCACGAACAACAACAACAACCACAACCAACAUCUUCAUCCACAACCACACGCCGCCCAACAACAACAACAUUCACAGCUCCUUCAACAACACCAAAUACAAUUACAACAACAACAAAUACAAAAGCAACAACAACAACAGAAUAAUAAUAACAAUACUAGUCCUAUUUCUUCAUCCCCAUCCACCUCUCAUGUGAGACUGCCAGAUAUUGUUGUUUCCAAGUCCAGUCAUGAUGGAGACCGCGUCGUGCCCAAGACUCAAAAGUCCAACAAACAACAGUUGUCCUCGUCCACCAACAGUGCAGCCGCCAACUCAUCUUUCCACGACUUCCUCUUGCAAAAGUAUCUGGCCGAGCAACAACAGCAACUGAUGUUGCAACAUCACAAGAAGCAACAACAACGUGAGCAGCAACAGUCACAACAACAGCCACAACACCGUGAGCUGAGUAGUCCAUUCGUUCAACAUCAUCAAUUGAGCAAGUCAUCCAGCAACAUCAACAACAACAGCCUCAAUAGCAUCAGUGCAUUGAUGUCACUUGCCAAGGAAAGCCAGCAGCAGCCACACCGUCUUCACAAGUAUGAGGACAUCUAUGACAAUGACAACAUUGAAGUCAUCUUC